UGGGUCAGGAAACGGAUGUUGUCAGCGUGUUCCCAGCAGGCGCUGGGCUUUGAGCGACAGCGAUGGCGGCUAGAGAUGGGAAGAAAGUCUGAAGAAUGUUUUCAACUUACGGAGAGCAACCGUUCUCUGCUAUUUGGAAGCGAUCAGAAUUUUAUCAAUAAACGAUGUCUUCUUGGUUGGUGCUGCUGGAUUAGAUUCACGUGGGCAGAUACUGGUGGAAUGGAAACGGAGGCUUGCAAAGACAUCACCAUUCAGAAAGAGAAACCAAGCUGUGGGACAGCUGGUGAAGGAGACGCUCAAACCUUGCUGACUGAGCAAAUGGAGAAUGAGAAUGCACUCCCUCAAACUUCAGUUAGCAAUGGUGGGGAGUCAGAUGCAGGGAAGGAAAUGGUCGACCUGAAAAUUAUUUGGAACAAAAACAAAUAUGAUUUGAGAGUUCCAUUGGAUAGUACAGGAGCAAGUUUGAAAGAAAAAAUUCACACACUCACAGGUCUCACUCCUGCUAUGCAGAAGGUUAUGCACAAGGGUCUGCUCCAAGAAGAUAAAACUUUACGCGAAAUUAAAGUCACGAAUGGUGCGAAGAUAAUGGUAAUCGGAUCAACAAUUAAUGAUGUUCUAGCGGUAAACACGCCAAAGGAAGUGGUGCAACAAGAGGCCAAAGCUGAAGAGCCUAAAAAGGAACCUCUAUGUAGGCAAAAGCAACACAGGAAAGUAUUAGACAAAGGAAAACCAGAAGAUGUCAUGCCGUCCAUUAAAGGUGUUAAGGAGCGCUUACCAAGCGUACCGUUAUCUGGCAUGUACAACAAGUCAAGUGGAAAAGUAAGGUUAACCUUCAAACUGGAGCAGGACCAGCUCUGGAUUGGAACCAAGGAGAGAACAGAAAAAAUCCCUAUGGGCUCUAUCAAAAAUGUGAUCACUGAACCCAUUGAAGGACAUGAAGAUUAUCACAUGAUGGCAUUUCAGCUGGGUCCCACUGAAGCGUCAUACUAUUGGGUUUACUGGGUGCCUACACAGUAUGUUGAUGCAAUCAAAGAUACAGUUCUUGGAAAGUGGCAGUAUUUUUGAAUGUGCCUCCACCUCUGGCAGUGAAGGAUGGACUGAAACCAAAGGACUAUACAACUGAUUAAUUGGAACUUUCUCAUACUGGAUUGUAAUUCUUCCUCCCCUCUCCCUUCCCAACCCUUGGAAGAUGCCAACAAUGAUAAAUAGAUUUAUAAAAAUGUGUUGGAAGAUCCUCACCAGCAGCUGGAGGUGGUAUGUCCAAUCAGACUUUACCUUUGAACUUCAAAUUCAAAAAAAAUUUCAAAGAAGGAAAACUCCAAAUUAUUCGAAGUUCUGUAAGAGCCACAAUUACUUGCAGGUUAUGCACUAGAAGCAUUAUUAUAUUUUCUGUAACAUGGAUAACCUCUCAUACAGGGCUGAAUCUCUAAUAGUACAGUGGGCCUCUACUUACUUGUACUCCUUGCUGCCUGGUCCUGCUAUCGUGUGUGGAUCUAUUAUAUCAACUUAUAAAGCUUAAUUGGAGUGUUUAUUUCUAUAAACAAGCUUACAUUACAUGUCUAUUCUCAGGACACUUAACAGUCAGAUGCCUUGUAUUUAAAUAACUUCUCUGGUUGUCUCCUUUAAUGUCUCAAUGGCAUUCUUUUGACUUGCCUUGUUUGCAAGAUCCAAGAAAAAGGGAGAGUGCAAAGAGAAAAUGGUGCACAAUGAAUUCUGUUUGUCUACCAUCUUGACUUUCUAACUGGUUUUGCUAGUUAAUUGCAUUAAUUUUUCCAGGCACAACACUAUGCAAUUAAGCGGAACCCACUGUACUUCCACUAAUUUCUGAGGGAUUUAAAAAACCAUAUUUGGGUGAACCAUGUAAUUGUACUGUAUGUGCUGAGUUUUCAACUUGUUGCCAUAAUGCGGUACUGAUUUUUAAAGUUGCAUGACCAUUUCCACUUCAUUGGUUUUAGUUUCCGUGUAGCAUGAGGGGCAGAGGAUAAGUCUCAAAGCAUUUUGUCUCUGUUGGUAAGUUUCAAGAUCUUUUUACCAAGUAGAUAGUUUUACCUGGGACCCCAAAUGGGAAGGUGAUCAAGGAUAAAAUGAUCAUUAUUUUUAAUGCUUGAUGUUGAAGGAUCUUUAUUGUAGUGCCAUAUAUACCUCUUCUCUGGGUUAUCCUGCCAAUCAGUUCUCAUUAUAAAGUUGGUAGUAUGCACUCAGCCAGGUCACGUAUUGUCAUUUGAACAAAUUAAAAUGAUUACAUGUUUUUAAAUAACUUCAAAAUUAAACCCGAUUCUUCUUUGUGAGCAAACUUUUCAGCAAUUUUGAAAUGAUACAGCAGCAAACAAUUUUCAAGCCCAUUUGGUACUUCCACUUGAUGCAAUAUAUUGGUCAGUGAUAAGGGGUUGUGUAGGUUUUUGGCUUGUUUGCUGUGUAAUUCUGUUUCAAGUGGUGAAAAGAGUUCCCAACUUUGCUAACCUCUCAGACUGAGAGAUCUGUGCCACCCAUUCACUUUCAUAAUCUUCCAGAAAAUGCAUUGUUUAGAACAAUGUAGAUGAUCUUUGCUUUGUUUCUAACCAGUAUUUUCAGCACUAUCUAACCAGUGUUGCAUCUGCCCUGGGAGCUUUUGAUAGGACACUGCAGAAGGAGCUUUACUCUGUAACUUCACAUGUGCUGUGCCUGCCUUGGAAAUAUUUAUAAAAGUGCAGUAGAGGCUUCAUUCUGUACCGUUCGCAUGUACAGAAUUACUGCACUUAUGGCAAUAAAUGGCAGUUUCUAAUCACUGAUAAUCCUUACUUGAAUUCGUAUAAGCCAGUGAAAUGUUUUGAUUUAAUGGGCUUUGGAUAAAGUUUUUAAUAGAUCAAAGGCCAGAUAACUAUGAAAAGGAGGUGCAAUAUUUAAGUGUAAAUACCAUCUUUCAACAAAACAGAUCCUCUGUCCUGUUCUGGAAUUUUCCAUUUUUGGAAACUGAUGCUAUGGUUUAGAUGAUUGCAAAGGGUCAUGCAGCUUUUAAUACCACUUAACUUGCAGAAUGCAUGAUUCAAGCACCCCAAGUAUCUGGUGAACUGAGGGAGUUGACUUGGUUUUAGAGUUGCACUGCUUCUGAUUUUAGUGCUGACCAUUAGUUAGCCCAAUCUUUAAUUGUAAAGACUAGUCUUUAUUGCCAAUUAAAGUUUGUUACUUUACAGUA